AUGGACGAAAUGCUUAAAGAGGCCAGCGAGGCACGCAAGUUCAGCAUCUCUUUGGCCCACCUCGAGUACAGCGACGAUUUGGUCAGCCAGAUGAAGAAGCACAGUGUCAAACUCGAGAGAAUCUAUGCCAAAGUCCAAGAUUUGAAGAAACGUGGUGUGAGAAACAACGCGAGCUUUGAGAAGUUCUACUCCAUCUACGACUCUAUGAGCCAGUGGUACAAGAAAGCCGAGGCCAUUAACACGUUCGGGUGGCUGCCAAAGCCCUUCAGUCGGGACUCAAGAAGAAGAAGGCCAAAAAAAAACAAGAGUGUUCGCAAGCGCAAAUUCGAGGACAUGCCAAGCAGCGAGGUGGCUGAAGAGUUCAUACGUAUGCUGGGCACUGGGCGAGCAAUGGUGGCACAAAUCGCCGAUUUGGCUAGGGCUGCUGUUUCGGACGGGCUGCCGCAGGAAGCUGUAAAGGCUUUCGCUUCGCUGGGAGGGGAGGGCAAGCAUCCUUCCAAUCAAGAGCGCGAUUUGCACAACUGGCGGAAGAAGCUGUUCGGUUUUGAACUAGAGACGUACAACGUCUUGAUGGAUGUGAAUGCCUCUUGGGUGCAACAGCUUAGAAUUCUGCCGGUUGUUUUUCACGUGGACGGCGCAGAGUUCUACAAGAACAACGAAUAUGUUGUUUGGUCGAUGAGCUCUAUUUAUGCAAAGGCUGAUGUGUGGGAUUGCAAGCUGCCGGUGUGCAUCGUGCCGCAUGUGGCUAUGAGGGACGAGUCCGUGGCAACGCAUGUCCACAAACGUGUUGCUGAAAUACUAGCGUGGAGCCUGGAGUGUGCAGCGACCGGUUUGGGGCCCACAGCUGGGGAGGAUGGGCUACCUUUUCAGAGUGCUUUCAGGCACCGACUAAAGGGGCAGGUUUUGGCCGACGGCUACAAGCUGGCAUACACUGGCUUCAAAGCAGAUAUGAAGGCACACAUGCAGGCCAACCGCUUUGAGCGGUACUACAAUUGCGAUUUGAUCUGUGAAGCAUGUUUUGCCGAGAAAGGAAAACCGAAUAAGACGUGCCCCUUCACCGACUUCAGCGAAACUGCGUGCCAUAGACUCACGCGCAUUAGUCAUGCAACUUACAUGCGCACGGCCUCACAUGUGUCACCAUGGGCAUGCGUGCCUGGCUGGAACUUGCAUACGGUUCUGUUGGAUAUGAUGCAUAUUCUUUAUUUGGGUACGCUUCGGACUAUGAUUUCUUCGUGCAUCGUGUUCUGGAUUCGCUUCAAUGCUCUUGGUGGUGGCACCAUCGCUCAACAACUUUUGCGCUUGUCGCGCGAGAUGAAGCAGAAGUGUCGCGAGAAUGGGAUACGACUGAAUAUCACCAGCUUCACUCCGAGCAAUAUUGGUAUUGGGGGCGGCUUGAACGACAAUCCCGAACUCUGCUCAACCUUUAAAGCAGCUGCUGUUAAGUCUUCACUGUGGUACUUGGCUUGGAAAGCCGAAGAAAUUUCGAAAGCGCAACCGGAGGUACAGCCGCUGAAGUUCGUGUCGGUGUGCGUUUGGUCGAUUCAUUCUGCCGUUGUGCAGCUGGACCACGCUGCCUUGCUCAUGGACGAGGACACCUCAAAGGUAGUAUACCGGCAUAUUCGACGGCAUCUCACUUGUUGGCAAUGGCUGACGACUUUUUCACAAUCGCAAGGCUGGCAUUUGUGGCGACUGCGGCCGAAGCAUCACUAUUUCGAUCAUAUUUCCGAUUUCAUUUUGAGAACACGGAUCAAUCCGAGCAUCGGAGCUGUGUGGGAGGAGGAGUCCUUCUUAGGACGAUUGAAAAAGAUAGCUAUCCGCUGCCAUUCGGCCACUACAAUGAAACGUUUGAUGCAAAGGUAUCUACUUUUGAUGGGCCUCAGGCUCGAAGAGUCGCGUCGGGUUGCCUAG